AUGGUCCAUCUUCGUGAGAGAAUAGUCAAUGUGAAAAACCGCUCAGCCCUCUUUCAUCAAUCUUUCUACAUCUGGGAUUUAGUCUUGUCUGAAAUGAGACCAUUCGAGAAAUUGCUGCGUGAUUCUUUGCAGGAUGAUGUGUUCUCUUCGUCAGUACUCUUCGCCAAACGUCUUGAUGUUAAUACAAAGACAGGAUCCGAUAUCGUAUCCGAAUGCCUGGGAGGUCCAUCACCAGCAUGGCCUGAACAAGCUCCCGUCGACAAACAAACAGUCUUCACGCUAGCUUCCUGCUCGAAGCUUCCAACCACAGUCGCUGUCCUGCAGCUGGUAGAUAAAAAGCUCCUUACCCUAGACACCGACGUGAGCCCCAUGCUCCCAGCUCUGGGCCGCCAGAAAGUGCUGGCGGGCUGGUGUCCAGACGGCUCACCUAUUCUUAAUGAGCGUCGCAACCCGAUCACCCUCCGCCAUCUCUUGACUCAUUCCGCCGGCACUAGCUAUUACUUCCAAAAUAAGAGCCUUAGACGACUUCGAAGUCUCCAAGGAAGACUCCCGGAAAUUCUGGAGUCUACUAUUGAAGAUCGCUUUGACGACCCGCUCCUAUUCGAACCGGGGGAAGGCUGGGAGUAUGGAUGCGGACUUGAUUGGGCGGGCAAGCUGGUAGAGCAGCUUACUAGGAUGUCGCUGGAAACUUACCUGAGACUACAUGUAUGGGAACCGCUGGGAGCAUCUAGCUUCACCUUCUGGCCACACGCUGAGGGGAGACAUCACAAGGUCGCUAGCCUCACGGAAAGAAAUGAAAAUACCGGGAGACUUGAGGUACACCCCGAAAUCCUGUUCUUGAACCAGGGAGUCGAUACGGAAUGUUUCGGAGGUCAUGGGGGUUAUUGCAGCGGAGGGGACUACAUGCAACUCUUGUUCUCCCUCUUCAGCAAUGAUAGGCGUGUACUCCAGCCCGACUCUGUGGAAUUAAUGUUCCAGGGCAACUUGUCCGAUCCGAGUCGAGCAGCUCUUCAAAAGGGGUUCGAAGGUCGGAAAUUGACCAUCGGCGACUUCUACCGCGGUGAGCUCUACGAUUGGGGAUUGGGAGGGAUGUUGAUCGACGGUCGCCGCUCAGAGGCGCAGUACCCUCGGGGUCAAAAGACUUUGGCGUGGGGUGGUGGAACAAAUCAAUUUUGGUUCAUUGAUCGAAGCAACGGCGUCUGUGGUCUUAUCAUGUCUCACGUCCUCCCACCACAAGACCCUCAGAUCGAGGAAAUCAUCGGCGCAUUUCAGAGACACGUUUACAAGACAGAUCGUGGCCAAGUUUUCCCAAGCUUUUUGUAGUAUGAUUAUGUCAUCGCAAUGCUUCACUUCUGGUCGAUGCUUUUAGCAAGGCGUUGUGAGACUGGACCGGAAUUCCGACACUCAGAAUUCUUCAAGAGACUUCUACGGAAAUCGGCAGGGGUCACAAAACGGCGAAUUCGAACCAUUCCUGGGUUUUCAACAUUGACCUCGUGGUCUGAGCUCAUUAUUCAUU